AUGAAAUGGCGAAAAGAAACCCAAAAACUAAAUUGGAGCAGUUUGAGCUUAGCCUCCGAGAAAAUCGCAGUGCUGUACUGUACCUAUCCAGUAAUGGAAGAGUACUGUACUGAUAUGAUCAUGAUGGACCCGUUACAGUACGUCAGGUUUUUUCAAACUCUGGCAGUCACCGGUAAAGUAGGCAGCUAUGACCCAUUUUUUCAGGACCAGGAUCUCUCCAGAGAGAAAGCCUCACGAGUUGUGUGGAACCCACAUGAUUAA